UGCGCGCGGUACACGACGAAUGCGGAGCGACGAUUGUCGAUUACAGGCCAAGCGUUACGUGACGUUGUAAUUUGCGUACACGAACGUUCCGUGAAAUUAGCGAGGAUCCUGGAUUACUCGAAUCAAUCGAUCGACAAUAACAGAUGACAGUACCGCGUCCCUUUGUUUCUGUAAAUUAUUAUACAAACAUCGAGCGCGACGGUUCAAUGCUCCGACAAGAGACAGCGAAGUCAAAUUGCAAACCUCAAGAUCGCAUUCGAGUACAUUUGCGACGAUCUUUCGAAUCGGGAAAACAAUGGACGCAAAGAACACGAUCGAGCCGAAUUUUCACUUGAAAGUGAGCCUGUCGAUCGUUUAUUGUUUGGGCACCUGGCCGCCACGUAACGGCGGAUAUCGGUUUUUUUAUCUGCUGUACACCGUCUGCAGUUUCACCUUUAUACUGGGCAUUCUGCUCGCCGCGGAAAUAGCGAACGUAUUCGCGCACUGGAACGAUGUGUCAAAGAUCGCCGCGGGCGCGACGAUACUUAUGACAAAUUGCAUUCACGCUUCCAAGGUGGUCGUUCUUCUCACUCGUCAGUCGCGGAUUCGGGCUCUCCUGGAUUUAACCAGUAGCCCGGCAUUCAAUCACAAGGCGCAUCACGAUCUCUUCGUGACCUACACGUGGAAGGGCCUGUUCCAUUAUGCGGCCUAUCAAAGUUUCGGCGCCACAGCGGUAUUCUGUUGGGGCAUCACACCCAUCGCCGAUCUACUGGCCGGUCGUUCGCGUCAGCUGCCGAUGGAGGGAUGGUACCCUUACAACGUAACGAGAACGCCGGCGUUCGAGAUCACCUCCGCGCAUCAAGGAAUCGCCAUAAUAAUCGCUUGUUUUCACAAUGUAGCGAUGGACACGUUGAUCACCGGCAUGAUCACGGUCGUUUGUUGCCAGCUGGCGAUUCUUGAGCGGAACAUCGUCUCGAUAGGUAACGAGAAGACGAACGGUUCCUCGGCGCGUAACGACAAGAGCCAGUUGCUGAUAGCCGAGAAGAGAGUUUUGUUCUAUCGGAGUCUGAAGCAGUGCGCGGUGCACAGCAAUAUGAUACAUCAUUUCACGCGAGAAAUUCAAGAUAUCUUCGGCACCGUCAUUUUCUUUCAACUUCUCUCGAACUGCGUUAUCAUUUGCUUGAUCGCUUUCAACGUGUCGCAGAUGAAGAUUUACAUCCCGGAAGUGCUGAUCGGCAUGCUGACAUACAUGUGCUGCAUGACGUAUCAGAUAUUCAUCUUUUGCUGGCACGGUAACGAGGUGCAUCUUCACAGCGUGCGCAUAGUCACGGCUGCGUAUUCGAGCAAUUGGUUCUCCGCUCCGGAAGGAUUUAAACGCAAUCUGCGAUUCGUGAUGAUGAGAGCUCAAACUCCCCUCACUUUGAGCGCCGGCAAUAUCAUGUUACUGUCACUGGAUACUUUUGUUCAGAUACUACGGAUGUCCUACUCGAUUUUUACUGUACUUCAAGGUUCAACUAUCUAACGACAAACUCUGCUAUCGAUGAAUUUCACACCUAUACGUUUCCUUGAGAGUAAAAAAAAAAAAA